AUGAAGAUCACUCAUCCCAAUGGCAGUCGAUCCGUCGACGUCACCCACAAAUGGAAGAUCGUUUGGGACGAUGUUGUCGAGAAUGACCCUCAUCAUGUCAAAUUCUGGCUCACCCACUCGCACAAUCCUCCUUAUCGCAACCCCGUUCGACUGACCGAGGAGAUUAACAUUCACGAAAGAGAUCAUGUCGAGAUCGAUGGACAGCAUUUUGAGCAUCUCCCCACGGGUGGUGGCUACCGCAUCUGGGCUAUGAGGGUUGACGAAGAUCCCGGCCUUCAACCUGCGCCUAUUUCCGAGUCUCAUGAGCUUGAAAUUAAGAAUGAAAAGCAUGAGUAG